CGCCCUGCGCACGCGCGCUGCUGGCUGCUGCUGCUGGCGCGCGGUGCACGCUGGGAGGAGACUCGCGAGGCGGCGGUGGAGGCGGCGACUCCCAGUUCCGCGCGGCGGAGUCAGCGCAGGCGGCAGAGAAAGUCUCGAGGUGUCAUUUGCGGCGUCGGAUGAGAAUCUCUGGACACGUGCGCUUCCACGGAAUAAAGCCGUCGCGUGUUCAGAAUUUCGAGUCGGAGGCCGUGCCAAUCGGAGGAACUCGGGUGUUGCUUUGCUGAGGCCGAUCUUCGUUUUGGAUAAUCUGACGCCAUCGCAGCAAGCACGAUGGUCCUGUCUCAGAGACAACGGGAUGAGCUAAAUCGAGCCAUUGCAGACUAUCUCCGCUCGAAUGGUUACGAGGAGGCGUACACCACCUUCAGGAAGGAGGCUGAAUUGGACAAUAAUGAAGAGCUGGAUAAAAAGUUUGCUGGACUGUUGGAGAAGAAGUGGACUUCUGUCAUUAGGCUACAGAAAAAGGUGAUGGAGCUGGAGUCGAAGUUGAACGAGGCGAAGGAGGAGUUUGUGUCGGGCGGGGGGCCCCUCGGGGGCCAGCGACGCGACCCCAGCGAGUGGAUCCCGCGCCCGCCAGAAAAGUACGCGCUGAGCGGGCACCGCAGCCCCGUGACACGCGUCAUCUUCCACCCCGUGUUCAGCGUCAUCGUGUCCGCCUCGGAGGACGCCACCAUCAAGGUGUGGGAUUACGAAACGGGCGACUUUGAGCGCACCUUGAAGGGACACACGGACUCUGUGCAAGACAUCUCCUUCGACCUCUCGGGCAAGAUGCUGGCCUCCUGCUCAGCCGACAUGACCGUCAAACUCUGGGACUUCCAGAGCUUUGAGUGCCUGCGCACGAUGCACGGCCACGACCACAACGUGUCCUCGGUGGCCUUCAUGCCAAAUGGAGACCACCUGGUGUCGGCCUCGCGCGACAAGACCAUGAAGAUGUGGGAGGUGCAGACUGGAUACUGCGUGAAGACGUUCACGGGCCACCGCGAGUGGGUGCGCAUGGUCCGGCCCAAUCAGGACGGGUCGCUCAUCGCCAGCUGCUCCAACGACCAGACUGUGCGCGUGUGGGUGACGGCCACCAAGGAGUGCAAGGCAGAACUGCGCGAGCACGAGCACGUGGUGGAGUGUGUGAGCUGGGCGCCCGACGCCGCCUCGCCCGUCAUCUUGGAGGCCACCGGUGCCGAGGCUAAGAAGGGUGGCAAGCCUGGGCCGUACCUGCUGUCAGGAUCUCGGGAUAAAACUAUCAAGAUGUGGGACAUCAGCACAGGCAUCUGUGUCAUCACACUGGUUGGGCAUGACAACUGGGUACGUGGCGUGCUGUUCCACCCGGGUGGAAAGUUCAUUUUGAGCUGCGCCGAUGACAAGACUCUGCGCGUGUGGGACUACAAGAACAAGCGCUGCCAGAAGAGCCUGGCCGCACACGAGCACUUUGUGACCUCCUUGGAUUUCCACAAGACGGCUCCGUAUGUCAUCACGGGGAGUGUGGACCAAUCGGUCAAGGUGUGGGAGUGUCGCUGAGUCCUCAGCGACCCUCCUUGACCCCUCAAGGUCCCCGAAAUCCCUGCCCCACUCCCACCCUUUCCCGCCGCUGCAUUCGCUUCUACAGUCCCCUCGUACACAUUUAAUAAAGAGGAAAAAAAAUUAUGUUUUUACGUAAAUUAUUCAGUCGUAAGUUCAAGAUAAAAUAAAAUAACAGUGAAAAAUAAAGUAUAAAAAAUAAUCCAAAUUAAAAAUGCGUUUCCCGGGAAUACGUGCUGUGUAUUUUCAUUUCUCUUUUGUUUUAUUUUUUUUGCAUGGUAGCUUAACUUUUAGCAGACAUGUAUAUCGAUAUGUACGUGUAUAUGACGUAUAUAUAUGACGCGGUUUGUCAUUCUUGUGAAUUCUGAAGCUAGCGCUUAGACGGAGGGGGGGGGGGGCGUCGGUCAGCUGUUUUGAGGUCCUUGCAUUUACGCGUCGUCCCACCCUCCCGCCUGCACGGGAAGGUGUUUUGACGCCUGCAGAUGGCGUGGCCUUUGUCUGCUGUCUGUCACCUCCGCUGUCCAUCCAACUACCGUUGGGUGAUAAUUAAACUGAAGCUGCCAUCGCUGUGUUGUGAAUAUGUAGUCAAUAUGCAUCAUCGUUAUGUAGAGUGCAUUAUUAUCCCCACUAUUGCAAAUAGUAACCAACCCUGGCCUAUAACUAGACAUUUUUAUUUACAUCAAGGAAUUUUUGUUGUCAUUUUUUUAUGUACAGACAUAUUUUGUGCAUGGCAUAAAUUGUAAUUUGUUAUUUAUUUGUUUAUUUCCAUUUUGGUUCAAUAAUCCAUUUGGUUUAAAGCAGUGAACAGCGCCGGGUGGAACACGGCCGGCUAUGAGCGGCUUGUACAUGGUUGACAGAUUAUCGCGGCUGCCACUUGCCUUGCAUGGUGUUUUGAGAGAUCUCCGUGGCACCGUGCCCCUAUCGUUUGGACCCAACCCUGGACUCUUCACGCAUGCGUUACGUAGUUGCCACCUGUCAUACGGUCUGUCCGCAAGAGCUGACCGCAGCUUCCCAGCCUCCAGAGGGCCCCCCCCAGUCUGUUCACCCCUUUUUGGGAAAUUAUUCUAUCAUAACAGCGUGACAUCUGUCACCUUUAUGUAAAACGUAUUUGACUGAGACAAAUUAUGGUGAAAGGUAUAUGUAAUUUGCUUCAUUGCAGGUCUUUUGAAUGGUAGAAAGUGAGACUGUGUUUCUUGGCAGUGGUGUAAGAGUACAAACCAACACAAUUCACCAGCUUUAGCGACACGCAGUACUGGAUUGUUCGUACGGUGGUCACCGACAAAGAUAUGGUAAAGGCAAAUGUUUUGGGAAGUGGCUGUGAAUGAGGGGCUGUUUUCUGAAAUGUGGGUUUGCCGCUUUUAGUCUGGUAAAGGUGGGAGCGUUAUUUGGUUUGUACUUCUCAACAGCAAAACACACGCAAAUUUUUAAUAAAAGAUGUUGGUUCUAAUGAUGAGCAUAAGUUUCUUCCCAAGCGUGGUUGCCCGUUUGCGGCCCCAGCAAUGCCCCUGCAGUGAUUUUGAGAUCCGCUCAUGGGGCAAUCACAUGCCCGUGAGUGGAGAGCUAGGUUUUAUGAAAUCUCCUAUGCCACAUCUGGCUUGGUGUGGUUUUUUUGCCAAACUAGUGCCAAGCUGUGUGAAAAUACCACAAAAAUGUAUGGCGCAUAUCCACCGGUCACUUUUUGGACAUGCUAUGUUUUUUGCCGGACCCAUCUCUCCGUUAAACAUAAUAGGCUUUGUUUGGAAUCAUCUCACAACUAAAGCUAUUGCCUACAUCUCAUUUGGGGCGAAAUAUGUAGCCUUGAAGUAGAGUCGAGUUUUAUGAUGUCUUCACGGACUUCCAACGGUAACAAACCAAAAAAAGCUCUGCAAAUUGUGUGCGGUGUUUUCAAGGUCAUGGCAAGUAUGUGCAAAAUAAUCCCUUUGCCUUCAAGCACAGGGCUUGCACUGACCACCACGGACAUUUCAGACUGGGGGAUACAGCGGCAGGAUGUGUGAAGCGGCUAGGCUUUGGGGCAGUUGUGCGCGCAUAUACGUGCAUGAAGUGCACAGUUGCAGCUUUCGGAGCAGGGCUUGUGCGAUCGUUAAAUCCACGUGCUUUUUUGUGACUCGUUUAAGAGCCGUACAGGACAACAUAUACACUAGCAUCCUUUGUGUCUGGAUACUUGCAGAAAGGUGAAACCUGUGCAUUUAACUUUGUUACUGUACAUUUUUUUUCUCUCCAAACUAUUUGAACGAACUUACGUGCGGUUUAAUUUACAAGUUGUAUAGUUCUGGAUGUGGGGGGGGCGGGGAGGGGUCACGAAAAAAGUCACAGAAGAUAGAAGUUUUACAAACGUUAAAUUCCGGUGUAACAUCAAUUUGAACCUGGACUCAAAACAACUAUAAUUGGCUGCUAAACUUGAGUGUAUAUUUAUAUUAGAAUCUAAAACACUUGGCCAGGUUUUUGCCUUGCGUUUAAAUGAUGUAACGUGACGUAGCGUAAUGCGCGCGUGCUGUAUUGUGAAGUUGCCUGGCCGAGCCGACUUCCCCGUUGGCGUGCGUGUCGCGGUACAGCGGCGGUGCGCUUCUUCGGCCCGCGGUUCGUGUGCGACAUCCGCUUUGAACCGUUCCAUCUGGGAAGCGGCGAAACAUUGUUUUCUCACGCACGUCGCAGGCUUGUGUCGUCGACGGGCAUUAUGGGCUUUUGUGCAUGGAUACCAACGGCUCUGUGUAGGGGGGGGGGGUGUGGGGGGCAACUCACUGUCACCUGGAAAAACAAGUUGCUGCACGUGACGAGACAUGUUCUCAGGUUUUCUCCCCCCUCCCUCCCAUUUGCACGUACGUGUGGAUAGCUCGCACCUUACCUCAGUGUGUAAGCUCGUUUUAAGUUUGCACUCUCGCCGUUCACACGUAUUGCUGCAUUGUGCGAGCAUAGAAGCGUCUCGAGUGGUUUUUUUUUCUUUCUUCGGCAAAUUAUUCUCGGCCAGGUAAAGUUGAGCCACCUCCCAGGUGUGUUGUAACAAGGGGUCUACUGACCAAAGUUUGCAUUUGAUGCCUCUGAUCCCAUACGUUGCAGAAACAUUUCCAUUGCUUCCCCGGUUCAACGUUUUAACAAUUAACGUGCAUAUUAGCCUUUUGAAAAGCCGUUACUUCUUGUGCAGGAGUUUUGGACGGUAGUACAAACCUCUAAGUGCAGCUUGCGGUUGUGUAACGAUCAAGUGCUUAAAAGGGUUUGGUUAAAAAUGACAUUGCAUGUUUAAAGAUUAAAAAAAAAACCUUUAAUAACUCUACGUGUAGAGGGUUUUGAUGUUUCACCACAGGAUAGCGAAUAUUAAACCAUUGGCAAACGGUCCCUUCGCUGCAAUUGGCGGCGCUGCUGAGGCAUUGCACUAUAUCUUAUGUUUGUUUCCCCCCCCCCUCCCGUUCGAAUUUUCAAAAGGCUAAUACGCGGCGCGUUGCUGGAAGCCGUGCCUGCCACUGGCUGGCCGCGGCGGGGUUUCACGAGAGAGCGCGACCGUGCGUUUUGAUUGACUCGUGACGCACACCGGCCUGCCUGCGCUCGCGUCCUGCACGCAGGUGCCGCCACCACCACCCCAGUGUCAGUGUCGUUCGCGCGAGCGUGAGGUGCGCGCGCCGGGCCCCGGUGCGCGGUUAGUGGACGUGUGUUUGCGGGCACACGCACAUGCGCACACGAGUCCGUAUCGUCGUUCGCAGAGCAGUCCAAUACAGUGCUUUGUAUAUACCCACACGCAUUGAAUUGUAAGCCUUUAAAGUUGUUGACACGUGUAAAAAAAAAAAGAAUAUUAUGUACCUGUAUGUGUUUUUGUCUUGCUUUUUAGGGCUUUACUGUAGGUGAAUAUAGGUGAGCUGGUAUUAAAAUGGCACAUGAAACCUCCACGAUAAGGGUAGCAAAUGAAGUUUUUUUUUUCUCUCUCUCCGUUGUGUUUUCUUUGCGUCUGUACUACAUCGAAUUGCAAAUUAAAAGCUACGGGGAAGUUUCAACUAUUGUUGUGAUUAAUAACGUGAGCAAGCUUCUGCUCUGCUGUGCACAACGGUCCGAGUGAGUCUCGAUAAAUCCAACUUGAUAACUUUGGUUAUAAUUUAUUGGCCUGGUUUUGUCAAAGUCGGCCAUGUGCGCACGUUAUUAAUGUUAUCGUGCAGUGCAUUAACGAAGGAGGGGGAGGGAAGGUGUGCGGGGGGGGGGGGGAGGUUAAUAUGCCUUACAUUGUUUUUUCGUGUGUACAAAUUUAACAAAAAUUAAUGUGCGUUGUAAAGUAAAAAAAUCUGAUGCGCUAAUGAGAACCGAAAUGCAUCCCUGGUUCAAGACGACCCGUGUUGGAAAGCGAGGGAUGCUGUUUAAUCGUACGCCAAUUCCCAUCUUUCUCAAAACCAAUGUAUCGUUAAAUAAUAAAGGACUCCAGAAUUCCCCUACGCCGAUGCUUUUACUCGCUUUUGCAGCGCUGUUGCUGCUCCCCCCCCCGCUCCCCUUUGGCCGGUGUACCGCGUAAAGUGUUGCCCAUGCGGGCAUAGCUGGCAGUGGCCUUGAGGUGUUGGAAAGGUUAGUGCUCGUGAGUAAAAGUCGUGUCUGUGGCUACGAGGAAACUGGCGCGUGGUGCUGUCUUUGGUAGGCCCUUCUGCUUGGUGAUGCCUACGGGUUGCUAAAACAUUUUCUGUGUUUCUUCACAUUGUAACAAUUUGGGAGACUGAAACUGGGGCUGUGAGUCAAGCACUGGCUUACUUUUUUGGGGGGGGGGGGGGGGGGCUGUGGCCUGGGGGAGUGGAAACAAGUCCAAUAUCGCUUCUCGUGUACCCAUAGUGCACCUGCAACAUUAUUAUAUGACAGUGUGGCAUCUAAUGUCCAUCAUGGCUUAUUCCUCAAGGUAGAGAAGUGAAAAGAAUAUUCUACAUUAAAAAAGAAUCGAAUUACUGUGGUGGUGUAUGCUGAACCGCUGUUGUACAUUACUUUCACAGUUUUGUCACAAUUUAUAUUCCAUAACUUUAUUUGCCAGCUGAAGUCGGCCCAACUAACUUACCUUGGUAUAUGGUUUAGUGUAGAAGUGUUUUAAAACAUUUAGCUUGUUUAUCGGUCACAGUUGCUCGCUGGCUCAUUGUCAAUUCCAAACCAUUUUAUGCACUGGUUGGCUUUCUAACUAUAGGUGGCUGCAUGCUUAAAAAAAUCUGCAACGGCGAAUAUGCUUACCCUUGCCAACUCCUAAAUUAACAUUUUGCUCUAGGUUUGAAAUAUUUGAAUGUUUAAAACUAAAUGUAACAAACCAAAAUUUAUACAAGUCAAGUUGCCUCCAUAUAUAUGCUUUUGUGUGUACAUGAAAAAAAAGGGGUGACUCAAAUAAUUCUUCCCAUUUCAAAAAUUUCAGCGUCCUAAAUGUAAUGUAGGCAACCCAGAAAUAAAUACCCAGGUGGCUUAAACUGCAGUGUGAAUAUCCUCAUCGACCUGUGAACAUUACUCGAGGUACCUCAAUGCUAAUGCACACACUGUCCUCGGUCGAGUCAUUUCAGAGCCGCAGCCGAGGCUGCAUCACCUGACGUAUGAUGAGCUAUAUAGAUAGCAUGGAGGAAAUGGUCUGGUUUGGUUCGUAAUUUAAUACAUUCUUGCACAUGGAGAGGUCAACAGUUACAAUGGGUCAGUCGUGUCUAUGCCUCAGUGUGAUUUACAUAGAACAUGCCGAUCUGGUAAAUCGUGAGAUAGGCACGGGAGAUUUACCCUAGUUCUUGAACGGUUCAAGUUUAACAUCAUCUGACAUCCUUCCGUGGCCACUAACAGUCCGCCCGAGACGUUAUCGUGAUCGCCAUUUCCCCUGUCGGACAUUGGUGCAGUUUCGAGCCAAUUUGGUUGCCGUCAAUACAUUUGGCAACGUCCUGUGGUUCUGGCCGACAUUGAUGAUGUGGAACACUGGACCCAAUGUGUGAUUCUGAAGUUGUAAUGGUUAGCAUUGUCGUGUCACGAUCUUCAGAGAUGUUUGUGCGAUACAUUUCUCUCUCUUUACGAUCGUUAUCCAUUAUCGCGGGGACGUGAAACCGACUGGCGGCCAAGAUGCAGGUUGCUCAACUGAGCAACGCUGGCUCUCAACUGAGCAACCAUGCCUCCUUAA